CAUCAAAAACUCUAAACUUCAAACUGACUGGAGUUUUUUUUCUACCACAAAUGACCUGUAUUCUAUGUUGGACUACAGGUUAAAACAUUUGUGCUUGCUUAGUUUAAUGUUUUUGCUAUAGAAAAGCAUCCCGGUUCUCUUUAAAUCGAUUAACGUAAUUACGUGGUACAGCACUACGCACGCAACGUGUCCCUGUACUGUUGACUGGGAAGCCCCUAGCGCGGAGCUGCCAACGCCCGGCGUAAAGACACAAAUAGAGGAUACGAUCUUGAAUGAGUAGCGACGACUGUAAAACACAGCUAUGCAGACCAUCAAGUGUGUUGUAGUUGGGGACGGUGCAGUGGGUAAAACCUGCCUGCUCAUCUCUUACACCACAAACAAGUUUCCUUCUGAAUAUGUACCUACGGUGUUUGAUAAUUAUGCUGUGACUGUAAUGAUUGGAGGCGAGCCCUACACUCUGGGCUUGUUUGAUACAGCAGGUCAGGAAGACUACGACAGGUUACGACCUUUGAGUUAUCCCCAGACAGAUGUCUUUCUUGUCUGUUUCUCCGUUGUGUCCCCUUCCUCCUUUGAAAACGUCAAAGAAAAGUGGGUUCCAGAGAUUACCCACCAUUGUCCAAAGACCCCCUUCCUGCUAGUUGGGACUCAGAUUGACUUGCGGGAUGACCCAUCCACUAUAGAGAAACUGGCCAAGAACAAGCAGAAGCCCAUCACCCCGGAGACGGCCGAGAAACUGGCGAGAGACCUAAAGGCUGUGAAAUACGUGGAGUGCUCAGCCCUCACACAGAAAGGCCUAAAGAAUGUGUUUGAUGAGGCGAUAUUGGCUGCACUGGAGCCCCCAGAGCCCAAGAAGAAACGCAAAUGUGUGCUGCUAUGAGAGGCUCCUACCUUUUCGAAGCGCGCGCGCACACACACACACACACACAGACACACACACACACACACACACACACACACAAAAAUACAAAUACAUACAUCUUAAAUACACACACACCCUCCUUACCCCUUGCUCUGCUGCGGUUGGUCGUUGGCAUUGCCCUCCACAGAGAAGACUAGAAAGAAAGAAGGUUUUGGAUAAUUCUCUGCAAUAAUAAGAAGCUUCAGCCCUGAGACCCACCCAGCAUGGCCAACAAGGCCGCGGUGGGCUCUGAGGGCGGCGUGUCCUCGGUCAGAGGGAUCUGGAUACCGAGCUCACAUGCAAGUAGAAUUGGCCCCGUCAAGCUUUUAAUAGAUUGUUUUUUGAUUCUGUCUGUUGUGGCCAGAUCGACUUUUUAGAUGCCCACGGAUGUGAGCCCGGCCCCUCUCGGCUGCCCGAUUGGUGGCUGCUCACACUUGAAGGUCCCUGCCCCCCAUUGACGAGCACACUCGUCGGCCGAUCCCUACGUUUCUUUCUCAGCGCUACCAGAAGACACGCUAACAAAAGUAGUGUUUUGUUUCUGUUUUGCCAACCCCCCCUUCCUCCUCAAACACAUGACACGUCUGAGCUAUUUAUUCCAUGUUCCACAUAGAUGCGCUCCUAACCACUAUAGAAACUGUAGGUCUGAGAGGACUCAACAACUCAAACCUCCACAUAGCUCUCAGAGAGGAAAUUGAAUUAGUAGAUAUUGCCACCUAGUGUCCAUUUGGAGCGUGGUGACCACUUGAAGAGCUUAAAAAGGCGUCCAGUAGUAAAAGGUCAGUCGACCGCAAGGAAUUGGGCCUUUUUAGAUGCAGGGAACUUAAACAGUGUUAGCAGAGCAAGUGUUGUGCUCUUGAUGCAUUGCCGCGGGGGUGGGUGGGGGGGAAGACCAAGGACGGGUGAAGCAGGAUGCUGUUUUAACAUUGUCGCCACCUCACACUUGGAACAGGUACAGCAGAACUGCACUAGCAGCCAAAUCUUGCCGAGUCAUCCUUGAACAGCCGAUGGAUGAAUUUCCAGCAGAUUUCUGUGCCGCGUGUCUGAGGCUAUGAAGGGCUGUCCGCUCUGUUGUACCCGCUCAGACUGCUCACGGUGCUGCAUGUAGCCGGGCCUUGGUCUCUGUUCUAAAUGAUAGGUUUAACAGAUGUAAUUAUAAUGUAAGCUGGCACACAAUGUUGAUGUAGGCUCCGGGUGUUUUUACCAAAACAAAUAUUUUUUUUUCCUCUUCGUUAUUUUUUCUUUGUGCUGUUUUUUAUUUUAUAUAUAUAAAAAAGGUUACUUUCACUCCUUUUACAUUUAGGGGUGGGAACUCAUCUAAACUCUUCCCUGCCAGUUUAUACCAAGAAAAAGCUCUGAUUGGUUUAGUUGAAUAAAAAAAAUAAAAAACCCAACGGCAGAGUCUGUUUAGGUAAAGAUGAUUUGUGAUCGGUUGGUUCUUGUUUUUCUUUACUGGUGGCUUAGAGUUGGGUCAAUUUCCAGCCCAUUCAGUAUAAUUAUUAUAACCUGUUGUUGUUUUGGUGCAAAACCAAAUGCUCUGUCGAAAGUAUUGGUUCUUUGUAUAUGCAUUCUUUAAAAAAAUAUUAAACUUAUACCUUAAUUGCCUUUA